AUGCCUGUAUUCUCACGCUUGGCUGUCGCUGUCCAGCUCGUUGCUGUUUUCGUGUCGCCCGUUCUUGGCGCAGCAUACAACCAGCCAUACGACUAUGUCAUUGUUGGCGGAGGUGUCACUGGCUUGAUUGUAGCCAACCGUCUUAGUGAAGACUGGAGCAAGACUGUUCUUGUCAUUGAGGCUGGUGACAAUGUCGAUACGCCCUCGACCAAGAUUCCGUGGAAAGCCAAUGACCUCGCCUCUGCCAACGGGCUGAUUUGGGAGAACUACACCUCGGUGGCUGAACCUGGUCUUGGCAAUAGCUCAUUCCCAGUUGUAGCAGCCAAGGUCCUGGGUGGUGGUUCAGUCAUCAACGGCAUGGUCUAUGACCGUGGCGCUGCCGCUGAUUAUGAUGCGUGGGAGGCCCUUGGUAACAAGGGUUGGGGCUGGGAGGGAAUGGAGCCCUACUUCAUCAAGGGCACUACAUUCCAGCCUCCUUCUGAAAAGACUAUCCGUGACUUCAACAUCACCUUUGACCCCUCGACCUACGGCAAGGGGCCGCUCACUGUCUCUAUCACCUCAACCCAGUAUCAGGAUAUUAAGGCUUACUGGGCAGCAUGGAAGGCUAGUGGUGUUCAUGUGCCAGUCGACGGAAAUGCCGGAGAGGCUUAUGGUGUUUCUUGGUAUCCCAACACCAUGGACGCGACCACUGGACGCCGUGCCCACGCCCGUUAUGCAUACUACGAUCCCAUCCAGAAGCGCCGUAACUUGCACAUCAUCACUGGCGCCACUGCCAAGAAGGUCAUUUUCGAUGACCGAAAAAAGCCCAUGGCACGAGGUGUCGAGGUGACCGACAAGGCCGGCAAGACUACUUGCUUCUACGCCAAAAAGGAGGUCAUCCUUGCUGCCGGUGCUAUCCAAACCCCAAAGAUUCUCCAGCUUAGCGGUGUUGGUCCCAGGGCUGUGUUGCAAGCUGCGGGUAUCCAGACCAGGGUUGAGCUCGAUUCCGUAGGUGCCAACUUCCAGGACCACCCAUACGCCACAGCCAUCUUCAACACUACGUCCAACUUCUUCCCCAACCUCCAGUCGCUGAACACCAAUGCUACUUUCAACGCUUCUGCAUGGAAGGAGUAUGAACAGUAUAAGACGGGCCCCUACACGUAUGCUCGUGGCAAUGCACUUGCCUUCAUCCCCCUUUCUGAUACUACCAACAACACCCAGGCCCUCAUCGACAUGGUGAAUGGUCAGAAGGCAACCGACUUCCUUCCUAGCAUCUACAAGAAGAACUCCAAACUCGCGGCGGGAUAUGCAAAGCAGCGCAAGGUUCUUGCCGACUUGCUUGCACGCAAGGACGCAGCCGCUACUGAAAUGACGCUAGCCGCCGAUGGCAGCUACGCCCUCAUUGGUAUCGAGAAGCCCCUUUCACGUGGUAGCAUCACCAUCAACGCCAAGAACCCCAACGGAGCCCCCGAUGUUGCGUUCAACGCCUUUGUGAACCCCGUCGACCGUCUGAUCAUGUCAAUUGGCCUGCGCUUCUUCCGUGGCGUGUGGGCACGCCCUGAACUCAAGAGCUACAAGAUCAGCGAGACUGUUCCUGGUGCGCAAUUUCAAACUGACACGGAGAUUUUCGAUGCCCUCCUCAAGCAAUCCAUGCUUCAACCCUCCCUUGUUCACCCUGCGGGUACUUGCUCCAUGAUGGCUGAAAAGGAUGGUGGCUGUGUCAGCGACAAGCUGCUCGUGUACGGAACCCAGCACUUGUCUGUUGUCGAUGCUUCAAUCAUUCCUCUUAUCCCGUCUUGCCAUCUCCAGGCCACCAUGUAUGGUAUUGGUGAGAAGGCUGCUGAUAUCAUCAAGGCGAGGUAG